CUGAGACCCUGCCGUGUCCCGGGAUGGCAGCGAGGUGACGGCGGCCGAGGAUGACCCUGACUGAAAGGCUGCGCGAGAGGACAUCGCGGGCGUUCUACAACCACGGGCUGCUCUGUGCCUCUUACCCCAUCCCCAUCAUCCUCUUCACGGCCCUCUGCAUCCUGGCCUGCUGCUACCCUCUGCUGAAGCUGCCUCUGCCAGGGACGGGCCCUGUGGAGUACAGCACCCCUGUAAAGGACUACUCUCCCCCCUCUCCUGACGUGAGGCUGCAGCAAGGGGACUCCAACGAGCGUCCUGACUGGUAUGUUGGUGCUCCUGUGGCCUACAUCCAGCAGAUCCUGGUGAAAGCCACUGUGUCCCCCUGGCACAAGAAUUUCCUCGCUGUGGAUGUGUUCCGCUCCCCCUUGUCCCGCGUCUUCCAGCUGGUGGAGGAGAUCAGGAACCACGCCCUGAGGGACAGCUCUGGCGUGAAAAGCUUGGAGGAGGUUUGCCUUCAGGUCACAGACCUCCUGCCUGGCCUGAGGAAACUGCGGAAUCUGCUUCCAGAGCACGGCUGCCUGCUGCUGUCUCCAGGGAACUUCUGGCAGAAUGACAGGGAGAAGUUCAAUGCUGACCCAGAUAUCAUCAAAACCAUCCACCAGCAUGAGCCAAAGACACUGCAGACAUCAGCCACCCUCAAAGACCUGCUGUUUGGGCUCCCCGGGAAGUACAGUGGGGUGAACCUCUACAACAGGAGGCGAGUGGUGUCCUACACUGUCACCCUGGGGCUGCAGCGCUAUGAUUCCAGGUUCCUCAGCAGCCUCCGCUCCCGCCUCAAGCUGCUGCACCCCAGCCCCAACUGCACCCUGAGAGAGGAGAACAUUGUCCAUGUGCACUUCAAGGAGGAGAUUGGCAUCGCCGAGCUCAUUCCCCUUGUCACCACCUACAUCAUCCUCUUCGCCUACAUCUACUUCUCCACACGGAAGAUUGACAUGGUGAAAUCCAAGUGGGGCCUGGCCCUGGCUGCAGUGGUGACAGUGCUCAGCUCCCUGCUCAUGUCUGUGGGGCUCUGCACCCUCUUUGGCCUCACACCCACUCUCAAUGGAGGAGAGAUAUUUCCAUACCUGGUGGUGGUGAUUGGCCUGGAGAAUGUGUUGGUCCUCACCAAGUCUGUUGUCUCCACACCUGUGGACCUGGAAGUGAAGCUCCGCAUCGCCCAGGGCCUGAGCAAUGAGAGUUGGUCCAUCAUGAAGAACAUGGCAACGGAGCUUGGGAUCAUCCUGAUUGGGUAUUUCACCCUGGUCCCAGCCAUCCAGGAGUUCUGCCUCUUUGCUGUGGUGGGCCUGGUGUCAGACUUCUUCCUGCAGAUGUUCUUCUUCACCACUGUGUUGUCCAUUGACAUCCGCCGAAUGGAGCUGGCUGACCUGAACAAGCGCCUGCCGGCGGAGGCUUGCCUGCCCCCGGCGAAGGCGCC